AAAAGGCAGCAGCGGAGUCGGGAGCGCCAGGCUGCGUGUUCACCCGCCGGACCAGGGUCCUUGGUUGGAUGCAUCUGUGAGACCUCACAGAGGAGUACUCUUGGGCUCCACGAACCUGCUCCCUGCUCUUUCAGGGAUGGAGGCGAUGGCAGCCAGCACUUCCCUGCCUGACCCUGGUGACUUUGACCGGAAUGUGCCCCGGAUCUGUGGGGUGUGUGGAGACCGAGCCACAGGCUUCCACUUCAAUGCUAUGACCUGUGAAGGCUGUAAAGGCUUCUUCAGGCGGAGCAUGAAACGGAAGGCGCUCUUCACCUGUCCCUUCAAUGGGGACUGUCGCAUCACCAAGGACAACCGACGCCACUGCCAGGCCUGCCGGCUCAAGCGCUGUGUGGAAAUUGGCAUGAUGAAGGAAUUCAUACUGACAGAUGAGGAGGUGCAGCGCAAGCGGGAGAUGAUCCUAAAGCGGAAGGAGGAAGAGGCCUUGAAGGAUAGUCUGCGGCCCAAGCUAUCUGAGGAACAGCAGCACAUCAUUGCCAUCCUGCUGGACGCCCACCACAAGACCUAUGAUCCCACCUAUGCCGACUUUGACCAGUUCCGGCCUCCAGUUCGAGACCAUGAGAGAGAAGGGAGUUAUCCUGCAGGGCACACUCCCAGCUUUUCCAGGAAUUCCUCUUCCUCUGGCUCAGAUCUCUACACCACCUCUCUAGACAUGAUGGAGCCAUCUAACUUCUCCAACCUGGAUCUAAGUGAAGAAGACCCAGAUGAUCCUUCUGUGACUUUGGACCUGUCCCAACUAUCCAUGCUGCCCCACCUAGCUGACCUGGUCAGUUACAGCAUCCAAAAGGUGAUCGGCUUUGCCAAGAUGAUCCCAGGAUUCAGAGAUCUCACCUCUGAGGACCAGAUCGUGCUGCUGAAGUCGAGUGCCAUCGAGGUGAUCAUGCUGCGCUCCAACCAGUCCUUCACUAUGGAUGACAUGUCCUGGAGCUGCGGCAACCAGGACUAUAAGUAUGAUGUUACUGAUGUGACCAAAGCUGGGCACACCCAGGAGCUGAUUGAACCCCUCAUCAAAUUCCAAGUGGGGCUGAAGAAGCUGAAUUUGCAUGAGGAAGAACAUGUCCUGCUCAUGGCUAUCUGCAUCGUCUCCCCAGACCGACCUGGGGUGCAGGACGCCAAGCUGGUGGAGGCCAUCCAGGAUCGCCUGUCCAACACGCUGCAGACCUAUAUUCGCUGCCGCCACCCGCCCCCAGGCAGCCACCUACUCUAUGCUAAGAUGAUCCAGAAGCUGGCGGACCUGCGUAGCCUCAACGAGGAACAUUCCAAGCAGUAUCGCUCCCUCUCCUUCCAGCCUGACAGCAGCAUGAAGCUCACGCCCCUUGUGCUUGAGGUGUUUGGCAAUGAGAUCUCCUGACUAGGGUGGCCUGUGGUGGCGCCUGGGCGGGGUUGCUCCUCCAGGGCCUGGUGCCCAGGCCCCAGACUGGCUGCAGCCCAGCAACCCCUCCCACCCCUCCUGGAGUUCAACCCCACCUCUGCCAUCUCCCUUGUCUGUCUGGCCCAUCCUCUCUCCUGUCCAGUCUAACACCAGGUCCCCCUUCUCUGCAGGCCACAGGUUGCCUCCUGACCCAUGAGACCUCAGUCAUGAGUUACUGUUUAUUUGACAAAGAAAAAUCAAGUGGAGACAGAGGGCAGAGGCUGGAGGAGGGGCCUUGCCCAAGGAUGUCCCCACCACUCCCUAAGUGGCUGCUGCUAAUGCAAAGGAAGGCAGGCAGGACAAAUGCACCCACUCCUCAGGGACAGAGAUAUUUGUACCUCCCCUAGCCCAUAUGUCCAGAGCCUGGUGAGGAGACCCCUCCCCCUAGCCACACAGAAUACAUAACUGACCCACAAUCCUUACCCCACUCCAUCUUAUCCUGCUACCUAUCUGUGCUGUUCUGUCCCAUCCACAAUAGUGCCUCCUCCCUCUGCCUUCCUUCUCCUGGCCUGCCUGGGCCACUCACUGCCAAGAAUGAGCAAAUCCAAGAAAAAACUAAGGUCAUGAUACCCCUUCACCCACCCUGCUGGCCAAAGGGUACUCUCCCAGUCUUGGUAUGCCCACCUCCAUCCCUUUGCCAUGGCAAUCCUCUCAUGGGCAGUAGCUGUGGUAUGCUGGGCUUCCUGCCUAUGGCAGGAGCUGCUGGCUCAGAACCCACCCACUGAGAAGCCCCAGGAGAGCAGAACACAGGGUCAGGCAGUGGACAACAGGCAAACCAGCCUCCCAGAAUGGCAAUGGAUGCUGGUCCAAGGCUGUCUCUGUCACAAAGUCCAGGGUUGGUUGAGAGGGAGCUCUCCUUCCAACCAUCCACAUGGCAAGAUGGAAUUACCCUGGGAUUGCAAAGAAGGCCUGCCUGCCACUGUCCUCCUCCUCACCCUGCCAGUGCCUUACCUCCCACCAAGGAGGGCAGGCCCUCCUACCUUGACCCCCAAGGGGACCUCACCCUCUCUGAUCACCAACGGUGGCAAGGAAGUUGUCCCAAUCUCCUCUUGCCCCAGUCUGGAACAAUAGGGCCUCCCUCUGACAAGUACAUAGGGCUUGCAUCUUCUUCCCCUGACAGGGUGGGAUAGAGGACUGCCCACAUGUAACUCCAAGAUAGCUACCCAGAUGCAGAACAAGAAGCCAGCACCUGCACCUCGGGGCUUGGUGGGGGGAGCUGGUAGAUCCAGGGGCUGGUCAGAGCAUGGGGGGAUCCAGCAGGGUGGGGCUGGUUCCCUUCUCAUCACUCUACCACCCAGAGCUCACAGGGAGCAUGGCCAGGGGGGGGGGGGGAUGUAUAACUUCAGACUCCAUUUCCUCCUCUAGUGGCCACACCCAGGAUAUGGGAACCCUCCCUGCUGAAUGGGUUGUGGGUGUGUGGGCCACACAGAGGGGCUUCUUCCAGAGGGAUUCAUGGAGGGUCUUUGAGAUGACUGCUUGAAUUAGGGGAGUAUUUCUGCAUCAACUUGGAGGUAAGAUCAGUAGGAAUAUGGCCACCCAAAUCCCAAGAAGAUGCACCCCUCCACCUACAUCUGUCAUUUCCUGAAAACUGGGAGGAAUCAGACUUAACGUGGCAAGAGCUGUCAGUGUCCUCCUGGCCCUGCAUUUCCCAGAAUUCUUCAGGUGAAAACAUUCUAAAGGCCACAUUCCAUAUUACAGAAUAGCAUACCUAUGGCUUCAUCUCAUUAGAUAUGAGUUGCUUUCAGAAUCAGACUCCACUAUGUUCUAAUAUUGAGGGUACCAGGCAGAGCCAUUUAUGGGGGGAAAACUUACAUUGUGAAAAUACUGUACAUUAGUGAAUAUUGUUAUUAUUGUAUAAGGGUCUAGGGAAAGACCUUUGAUUUUAGCUGU